AUGGACCCAUUGACACUCCCUAUGUUUACAAUUCAAUCAGUAUUGGCUCCCAGUGGGGACUGGCUGAUCCAGAGGCGCCAGCACUCCUGUGCCCAUGCCAGCCCUCAGCAGCAGUUAUCAGAGCAUCAGCAGAUGAUGCUCGCUGGCCCUGUGCCACUUGUCCCAGAUUGCUCAGACUGGGUGGAGCUGGUGGAGCCCUGCUCACAGCAGCGGAUGUAUGUCAACCUGAGCACGGGCGAGUGCGGCUGGGAGCCCCCUGCCAACCUGCGGGUGCGCCAGGCCGACCAGCGGCAGUGGUGGGAGCUCUUCGAUCAGAACAACAACCGCUUCUACUACUACAAUGCCAUCACACAGCAGACAGUGUGGCACCGGCCCCAGGGCUGUGACAUCGUGCCCUUGGCACAGCUUCAAGCCAUGAAGCACAGCUCCCAGCCUGACUGCCAGGGCCAGCAGCACCAGGGCAGCACCGGCAGCGAUGGCAUAAGCACCCCUGUCCAGAUGGCCCUCCUGCAGGAGAUGGAGAAGGGCAAAGGGGACUGCGCUGCAGAGAAGAGGAAGGGCCCUGGCAGGGAGACUCCUACCCACUGGCAGCCUUUGCCAGGCACAAAAGCAGCUAUGUUGGUCAAAGUGAACAGUCUGAGGCAGGUGCAGAGCUCUUCAAACGGUUGCCUUCAGCUGCUGAGCACUCCAGAGGCCAACAUCCAGAAACCUCUUCCAAAACCAGCCAUAUAUGCUCAGCCUCAGUCCAGGUCUCAGAGCCCUGGUGCUACAAAGCAAAUGCCUACAGGAGAAACAAAGCAGUCUAUGCAGAUCAAAAAGACAGAGAAUGGUGGGUUUUGCCUAGUGCUGAUGAAUGGUCCAAAUUCUCAAACACCUCCAAGGAGCCAAACAGGAACCUCCCAACCUGCAUCCCCCAAGUAUGCCUCCCCUGCACCCAUAUAUGAUGAGCCAUCCUUAGAGUCUCCAGUUUAUGAUGAGCCACCCGUAGACAUGGACACUGAAAGCAUCAGUGUGAGUGGGAUGUCUCCACUCAGGUCACCAGGCAAUAGCUUGAAAAAGCAGCUGCAACAAAACAAAUUAUUGCAGCAUCCUGGUGUGCAGCAGCAGCAAGGGGCAAAUCAGCAUGCCAGAAACCCCUCUGCCACUGAGUACAGCCCAGCUGGCAGGGAAUACAUAAAACACAUGGUCAAUGUGGACCAGUCCUCCAGACUCUUUCAGUCUUCUGCUGCCACCACUGAUGCCUCUGCUAAACAGCCUGGGCAGCUUACUUCAAAGGACAGCUUCAAGCAGUCUUGGAGAAUCUUGGAAGCCAGCGUCCUCAAGAACAUGGAAGCCCACCACAGUCGGCAGAACAGCCUGCAAACUCCAGAGUACCCGAUUGGCAUUAGCCAUCAGGACUCUGGUUAUUCCACUGGCCCUUCUCCAAGCUUGAGAAAAAGGAAAGGAAGGAGGCAAGGAACAGGUCACGGAAGAUCUGGCUCUGUGGGCAGCAGCAGCGAGCUGACAGCUUUGAACGAUAAGCUCAUUGCGGAGAUGCGUGCCGUGGUGGGCAGGUCAGCAGCCUGCAGGGGAAGCAAAGCCAGCCUUGAUGCUGAGAGUCUGGAGAGUGGCAUCCCAGCAGAGAGCAGCAAGGUCAGAUUUCAGUCUGACCACUUGAAGAAAUGCUCCAGCCAGAGCUCGAGGGAUGAUAUCUCAGCCAGCAACAGGUCCCUCUACAGACAGGGCCGGGAGAGCAGGGGCAGCUCUCCCAGUGAUGUGGCUGCUCCACAGGACACAGUAAGGCAGAAGAGGACUUUUGAGAAAAUAGAUUCUCUAGAAAAGAAUGUGGCCAGUCAGUCCAGUUUGGCUUCAUCAGAUGCUACCCGCCUCUCCUCCCAGGUACCUCCCCAUCUAGCUGAGCCAGGGACAAUGGAGCUGAGCCCGAAGCAGGAGAGCACUGGGCAGCCUGGCAGCUGCCUGGGCUAUCACUUCCCCUACAGCACCCUCCGGAGGCCAAUCUCCCCGAGCAGCAUGGCAGACUGGGCCUCGAAGAACCUCAACAUGCACACGCAGGGCAUCUUCCGCCGCAGGAUCUCCAUUUCCAACAUGCUGUCCUGGAACGGAGGCUCUAUCAAGAAGCCCAUGCUCAUCACUAGCAACCGUGCCAUCAAAAAGGAGGCCUGUGAGAUGUUCAAGCUAGUGCAGAGCUAUAUGGGGGAUCGUCAGACCCGCAUGGAUCGCAACCACGUGGCGCUGGUCACUGUCACCAAGUGCUGGAGCAUGCAGGGCUUGCGGGAUGAACUCUACAUCCAGCUGAUCAGGCAGACAACAGAUAACAGCUGCUACCGCAGCCUGGCCUGGGGCUGGGAGCUGAUGGCCAUCAGUCUGGCCUUCUUCUCCCCUUCACCCAAGUUCCAGUCCUACCUGGAAGGUUAUAUUUAUCGGCACCUGGACAGUGAUGAAAACAUUGCUCAGCGCAUCAAGGAGCUUGUGGAUCUGAAAACCAAGAAGAACUCAAAAUCCAGGAAAAAGAGGAAACAAAACACUGAGGAUGAAGGCCUGCCCAUCAGCACCUAUGCCAAAUAUUGCUACCGGAAGCUCCAGAAAGUUGCUGUCACCGGAGGCAAGAAGGGCCUCCAUAAGCCCACAGUGGAGGAGAUCACACACGCCAGGAAUGCCAUCGUGACACCCUCGCUCUUCGGCAGCUCUCUGGAGGAGAUCAUGCUGCGGCAGCAGGACAUGUACCCGGGCAACAAGCUGCCCUGGGUGCAGACACAGCUAUCACAGCAGGUGUUGGCUCUGGGAGGAGAGCAGACAGAGGGGAUUUUCAGGGUACCUGGUGACAUAGAUGAAGUCAAUGCACUGAAGUUGCAGGUGGAUCAGUGGAGAAUCCCAAGCAGCCUCAGUGACCCAAACAUCCCAGCCUCUCUGCUCAAGCUCUGGUAUCGGGAGCUGGAGGAGCCUGUGAUUCCCCAGCAGUUCUACAAAGAGUGCAUCAGCAACUAUGAGAACCCCGACGCUGCCGUCGCCGUGGUGCAGCAUCUGCCAGAGCUCAACAGGAUGGUGCUGUGUUACCUCAUACACUUCCUGCAGAUCUUUGCUCGGCCAUCGAACGUGGGCAGAACAAAGAUGGAUGUGAACAACCUGGCCAUGGUGAUGGCCCCCAACUGCCUGCGCUGUCAGUCCGAUGACCCCCGCGUCAUCUUCGAGAACACACGCAAGGAGAUGUCCUUCCUGCGCAUGCUGAUCGUGCACCUGGACACCAGCUCCAUCAAGGGGCUGCUCUGA